AUGGUAAGGCGGCACCUGGGACACAUGACAGAUCCCAGAAGCCGCCGGACCAAUCACAAAGCGCAAGUGCUUCUCGCUCAUGCGCACUGGGCACCCGGCUGUCAUGCCGAGCGCCAUUACAGAAGCCGGGAAGACAGCGCGCGGCUGGAUCGAGGAACAGGUAAGAUGAAAGAACAACUCCGCGGAAGUGGGAGCGGGUAUCUGUCAAAUUCAGGUACCCGCUCCCCCCCCCCUCCCCAAAGGUCAGCAGUCAUCCCCUGUACUAUCCACAGUCUCUGGUCAUCCCUGUGCUGUCCGCAGUCUCUGGUCAUCCCUGUGCUGUGUCCGCAGUCUCUGGUCAUCCCUGUGCUGUGUCCGCAGUCUCUGGUCAUCCCU